GCUAGCUAGUAGCACUUAAUUUUACUAAUUUAAAUAUUAACACAGUGUUGUGACAAAGUAACACCCCUAAAAUCCACAAAACAUAUUGUACCAGCAAGAACUUUAUGUAACACUUGGAGGUUUUGAAACAAUUGGCGACCUUUUAAACUUUAGUUAGACAUACUUCAUCCUUUAUAGGUAGCCAACAUAAAAACAAAAGCAGUAUAUGCAGAAAAUCAGAAGACCUAGGAAGAGAAAGUAUCUUCCACUCCUAUAACUUAAUUUAUAGGCUAUUUUUAGGAAGCAUUUAAUCUUAAGCUUAUGGACAGUACACGUUAUGGUAAAUAACACAUAAUUUAAAAUAAAUACAAGAGGACUUUGGGAAAGCUGUCUCCCAAUUUAUUUUUCUUUAAAUCAAAAUUAUAAAUGCUUGCUGGGAAAACAAAUGCAAUCGGACGUAAUACAAAUCAGCAGUUUUCAUUAUUCCAAUGAUUCAGUCAACCCACUACAACCCAUACCGUAAGUUCUGUAUAUUUUACUAUCCAUGUCAGGAGAUACAGGUAUUUUUCAUUUGUAUUAUGAAUGUACCUAGAUGUACUAAAGAUGUACCUAGAAAAAAAAAAUCUUAUCAACUUCUCUGCUGGUAUAUUUUGGUAUUUAUGUUUAGAGUAGAUGAAAGCAAGGCUAGACUGCAGUGCUAGUAUAGACAUAAGAGUUCAGUGCCACAGAGGCACUUUUUUGCAGCCUUUAAAGCAGCUUUUGGAUAGACAGAUGCCUGAUGGUCAACAAUCCUGAUAAAAUGUUUUGCUCAACAAUCAUUUAAGAUAGAAAUUAGACCAAAUGGAAGGCGUGUUCUUUACUGAAAUCACAGCAAGAUCACAGCUCUGAAAGGCAGUACCUAACAUUUGUAGUGAGCACAUCAGAUGAGCUUUAGCUAACCAGUGUUCACUGGUGCUGCAUGUUGCUUGUAAUUCACAUCCUUGAAAACAAGACAAUUUCCUUUGUUGUAGGAGAAAAUCAAAGUCAAUUUUCUUUCAUCUUUCUGUGUUGGCCAGUUAAAUAUUACUAAAUGCAGUGGUAAAAACAAAAAAAAAUGAAGUUCAAUAUGCUACACAAUUCAGAGAUAAAAUGCUUUGGAAAAGUACAUAAAUCAUUACAUUCUAUUGCAGGGAAUUCAAUUGGAACUUUGAACUCUGUAUGAUGAUUAACCCAUUAUGCUAUAUAUUUUCUGCAAUCUAUCAUUUCUAUAUACUAAAACUAAAUUUUCCACUUGAAUACUUUUACAAUAAUAGAGAAUAACAAACCCAUCAAAUACUUACCCAUCGUUAUAGAAGACAGUGUUAACUGGCAAGAAUGACUGCUUCAAACCUUACUUCACAGCUGAAAUAGCAGCUGUAAGGAAAGUUCUGCUUUGAAGUUAGCGUUCACAUUCAUUGUCUUCUCCUAAAUAAAACACGGACUUCUGAUUUCAUUCCAUAAAAAUUCAGAACAAGCCAGCAGAGCUCCAGUAGUAGAAAACAUGGUACUAAGGUAAAAAUUGACCUCAAUCAAUCAACUUAUGAAUAGUUAAGUGCCAAAAUGAUAAGAGAAAAUUAAUGUAUGCACUCUGACUGGUAUCAAAGAGCAUGAGAAGCACUAAGUACAUUUGUUAUGGCCACCAUGAAUUCAGGUUAUCUGGCAGACUGCUUGGUAUUUUUGAUCAGGAAUAGUUUGUGCAAGGCAGUGAUCUGCAGGAAUAACACCAGGGAACCUGCAGUGUACCAGUAUUGCUGUAUGUGAUUGAAAUGACAACUCAGUGGUACUGCAAACCAUAUAUAACUGAGUAUAUAGGCGUUAAUUGCUCACUCCUUUCUGUCUUCUGCUUUGUUGCUUUCGGCUUUUGUUCAUAAGUCACGUUAUUUCCUCAAGUAGUCCAUGUGCCCCCAGGUAUGUGCAAAAAAGAAAAGAAAAAAAAGAUCUUGGCAUUAGCUACAAAAAAAAAAUCCCUGUGAAAUGUCAGUUCCCCCCUACCAGCAGUGCCCUGAAAUGUAAUCGUCGUGAGGGACAAACACUGACCUUUCCUUGACUGUCUGUCAGGGCAUACAUGACCUUAACACAAGAGCUUCAGCUCUGGGAUUUACACUUUUUGUUUUCAUAUGGAGCAGCCUCACAUCUCAUGGCCUUCUGCACACAUUGUGAAAUCCCUCCAUUUGCUCUUUUUUUUUUUUUUCCCUAAGUCAGACACAGUUAUGGAGUAAAAAAGGUAACCAUGUAAAACAUUAAGAGUUGCUUGAAAAGAUGUCCUCAUCCUUUUCCAAUCCUCUUUUCUCCACGUAUUCCUUAAAAUAUGAACAGCAACCACACACGGCUUCCUUAUCCUAACAGACAACUGAUGAAUGCUUAUUUUGCUCUCAGCCUGCAUGGCUGAGCAGCCCUUAAAGGUUAAUUUUCCACUUUUCAUUAUCUUGAUUCUGAGUCAUUACAAGGUACCUUAAAUACAGCACCAUUCUUAGGAUGUUCUUAAGAUGUUAAAGUAGUGGAUAUUCUAACCAAGGUGUCAGGAGCAAAGAACGCUGAACACCGGUCAUUUGUACCAUAUGGAAGGGAAAAAUAAUAAAGGGAACAGUAAAAACAGCUAUUAGUCUAUUAUUCAACUUCUAAACCCAGAAUCUAGACGCAGACACCAAGUAUUUAGAGAAAUAAGACUUCUUCUCUGCAUACACCACCUUUAGACAUCAAAGCCUCAGCAUUUCCUUUGCUGUCAUUACUCGUCCCUUCACCUCCCAAGUCAGAAAGCAAUCUACUCCUGCUUCAAUAUACUUUGUUACUACAAAAAAGAGGCCUCAGUAGGCGUGGCAACGGGCAGCUGAACUCCUGAGCACAAACAGCCAGGCAACAGAAGCAGGCAGUGUUAGUUGUCCGAGGUAACUAUUUAGGCAGUAGGCAGCUUGCUUUCACCCUCCUGUGCUUACAGCUUCUCCAAAAUGCACAUGGAAGAGCAUUUAGCCUCAUUUGGAGAGCAUAAGAGCCAACCUGCUCUGCAAUAAGACACUGCAAUAAGACACUCUGCAAGAGAAUAAGAAAGCUUACACAAUGAAUACCUGUCGGCAUUGUUCUCGCUCCAGCAGCUCAUGGGUAACAUACUCCACUAGGAACGUCCCCCACCCACGGAUGCUCUGCCACAUACAAGGGUUGAACAACAGUCCGAUCUGUUCUGUAAGACACAGCUGUUUUGGAGAACUCCCAUAUGCUGACAGAACAGCCAUCCCUGAGCAAAAAGCUGACCGAGAGCGUGUGCUAUAUGAGAAUGCCAGAGGCAACUCACCUGCCAGCAACUGCCUUCCAAGGCUUGAGGCUUUCAUGCAAAGAGGGCCUGGGUCUUCACAGCAUGCGGCACAACAUGGAGAAGGACUUGCAAGUGUUCCAGAGAGGACUCAAAGUAGCCCUAAUUCACCUGAAAAGCUUUUGAAAAAACGAUCCCAAACCUCUGCACAACCUGCAGCUACCCAGGGAGUCCUCCAGGCUCUCUCCCAGCCUUCCUCUGCAUGCCUCAACUCGAGUCGCAGUCCUCAAGUCCAGCAGAAUGCAGAUUUUGACCUAAGCUACCUGCAUUGGGAAAUAAAGGUGCUUGAAAAACUGAGAAAUGUUUUCCAGACAGAUUCGCUUACAGAGAUCCAGGAAUGGCUCUCAAAGGCAAGUCUAAAAGAGAAAGUCUUCAUGUCCAGACUGAUUUACUCUGAACUGAGUGGUAAAGGCAGGCCGAAUAACCAGCCACAUGCAAUGCAGGAAGGUGCAGGAGAGGGCAUGAAUAUCCAGAGUUUGCUAAAGCCUCGGCCUCCUUCUCAGAGAGGCCCAGAAGGAGAAACAAAUAACAGGCCUUCAACUAGCGCAUCAGAAGCAAGUCAAAACAUGAAGCACGAAAUGGAUAAAGACUGUACUUUGUCCUCAAGGCUGAGAAGCAGAGGUCCAGCACAUGCAGACGCGUCAUCUCCAGAGAAGAGCCAAGGCUGGCAAUGGAAACAAAGAGACGUGCCCUCACAUGCUGCCCUGCAGCAAGCCAAACAACAGAUAGCCCCCUUCCAAGGGAGGCCCGUAUCUUCAUAGCCACUACGGCAGUUGCAAGUCAUUUUCACAUACAGAAAUACAUACUCUUAGCACUUACAGAUAUAAAAAUUAGAACAAAUGUAAAGAAA